AUGGGUCUUUCCAAACAGAGGACACCGGCAGGAACCUCAACCACUGAGCCUGACCAUCCGAACCAGAUGCCAACAAACCCGAAGAUAAAAGCCCGCUUGCAAAACCCAUCAAAGGUGAAGAAAAUUGGGUACUCGCCAGAUAAGUCCGAAGUGAACCUUACUGCAUCAGCAGACUCAACCCAAAUAGAAAAACCUAUGCAGUCCGAAGUCUUCAUCCAGGCUCCAGUUUCACAGCAGGGUGCACACCAAAGAAAACUCUACCGGGACUUGCUGAAAAAUUACAAUCGCUUGGAGCGCCCUGUACUGAAUGAUUCGCAGCCGCUCACUGUUGAUCUUGGGGUGACCUUAAUGCAGAUAAUUGAUGUGGAUGAGAAAAAUCAAGUGCUGAUCACCAAUGUUUGGCUGCAUAUGCACUGGAAAGACUGCUACCUAAAGUGGAAUGUUACUGAAUAUGGUGGUAUACGCACCAUGCACUUUCCUUCAGACUAUGUGUGGGUCCCCGACAUUCUCCUCUACAACAGUGCUGAUGAAAGAUUUGAUGCAACUUUUCACACCAACGUUCUUGUAAAUUCCACUGGACAUAGUCAAUACCUCCCACCAGGUAUUCUGAAGAGUACAUGCUACAUUGAUGUCCGUUGGUUCCCCUUUGACGUCCAAAGGUGCGAUUUAAAAUUUGGCUCAUGGACGCAUGAUGGUUGGUUAGUGGACCUGCAGAUGUUGGAAGCUGAUAUUUCUACUUAUUUACCAAAUGGAGAAUGGGACCUUGUUGGAGUACCAGGAAAAAGGAAUGAGAUCCAUUAUGAUUGCUGUGAUGAGCCCUAUCCAGAUGUGACCUACACUGUGCUGAUACGCAGACGGACUCUCUAUUAUGGACUAAACUUGCUGAUUCCAUGUGUCUUAAUAUCUGGACUGGCACUCCUUGUAUUCCUGUUACCAGCUGAUUCUGGAGAGAAGAUUUCAUUAGGAAUCACUGUGCUCUUGUCCUUAACGGUAUUUAUGCUGCUUGUAGCUGAAAUAAUGCCAGCAACAUCUGACUCUGUCCCAUUGAUUGCUCGGUACUUUGCAGCAACAAUGUUCAUCGUGGGCUUGUCUGUGGUCGUCACUGUGCUGGUCCUUCAGCUUCAUUACCAUGAUCCUCAUGGAGGAACGAUGCCAAAGUGGUUACGAGUGGUGCUGUUGAACUGGUGUGCUUGGUUUCUUCGGAUGAAAAAGCCGGGAGAUGGAAAGGGCAGCGUGCCGUGCAGGUAUAAUCAGCAACAACAAAGCUUCAGCACCGUGGAGAUGAGUGGAAUACCCAGUCAGCGGUCUGGCAAUGGCAACAUGAUCUACUUUGGCUACCACGCUAUGGAGAACCCCUGCUGCCCUGCCAGCGCUGACUCGGGUAUGAUGUGCAGUCGGAUCACUUGCUCACCUUCCAAGGACAGUGGCUGCGUUCAGAGCACCCCUCUGGUCGGUAGCUCCCUGGAGAUUGUGAAGAUCCUGGAGGAGCUUCAGUUCAUCGCCAGGCGCUUCCGGGACCAAGACGAGGGUGAAGCCGUCUGCAGUGAGUGGAAGUUUGCUGCUGCGGUGGUUGACAGAUUGUGCUUAGUGGCAUUUACAGUGUUUUCUAUCAUUUGUACGUUUGCCAUUUUAAUGUCAGCCCCUAAUUUCAUAGAAGCAGUUUCAAAAGAUUUUGCAUAA